AGCCGGCCUGGAAACGGAGGGUGUGCGGGUUGGGGUUGGGGUGGGGGUGGAUGGCUCCUGGCUCUGGGGCUGUGUGAAGGUGGACCCUGUAGGAGACGGUUUUUAGUGUUGAAACCCCAUGAGCCAGCUCUCUUUUAGGCCAUAAUUGUGGCAUUCUCCAGCUGCUUCCCAGUAGGGAAGAAAGCCUGCCUGGAGACUCUAGGCCCGCCCCUGACCCUGGGACACCCAGUGUAAAGCUGCAGGCUCCCGUGCCACGCCCACACGCUGUGGUGGGAACACAAAAUUUUAACUGGCUAUGUAGAUCAUUAACGAGGGGGGGGGGGAGAGUCCUAACUCAGUUCCCCUGUGGUCACAGACAGCUGGGUCUCAGACCUCCUGAGGAAAUGCUGGGCCCCCAAAUCUGGGCCUCCAUGAGGCAGGGGCUGAGCAGGGGCUUGUCUAGGAAUGUGAAGGGGAAGAAGGUAGACAUUGCGGGCAUCUACCCACCCGUGACCACCCCAUUCACCGCCACCGCAGAGGUAAACUAUGGGAAACUGGAAGAGAACCUGAACAGACUGGGCACCUUCCCCUUUCGAGGUUUCGUGGUCCAGGGCUCUACUGGAGAGUUUCCAUUCCUGACCAGCCUCGAGCGCCUGGAGGUGGUUAGCCGAGUGCGCCAGGCCAUACCCAAGGACAAGCUCCUGAUAGCCGGCUCUGGCUGCGAGUCCACGCAAGCCACAGUAGAGAUGACUGUCAGCAUGGCUCAGGUGGGUGCUGAUGUCGCCAUGGUGGUGACCCCUUGUUACUAUCGCGGCCGCAUGAGCAGCGCUGCCCUCAUUCACCACUACACCAAGGUUGCUGAUCUUUCUCCAAUCCCUGUGGUGUUGUACAGUGUCCCAGCCAACACAGGGCUAGAACUGCCUAUGGAUGCCGUGGUUACAUUGUCUCAGCACCCAAAUAUCAUUGGCUUGAAGGACAGUGGCGGAGAUGUGACCAGGAUUGGACUGAUUGUUCACAAGACCAGUAAGCAGGAUUUCCAGGUGUUGGCUGGGUCAGUUGGCUUCCUCCUGGCCAGCUAUGCUGUGGGAGCUGUUGGGGGCAUAUGUGGCUUGGCCAAUGUGUUGGGGGCCCAGGUGUGCCAGCUGGAGAGACUCUGCCUCACAGGGCAGUGGGAAGCUGCCCAGAAACUACAGCACCGCCUCAUCGAGCCCAACACUGCGGUGACCCGGCGCUUCGGAAUACCAGGACUGAAGAAAACCAUGGACUGGUUUGGCUACUAUGGAGGUCCCUGCCGUGCCCCCUUGCAGGAGCUGAGCCCCACCGAGGAGGAGGCACUGCGCUUGGAUUUCAGCAACAACGGCUGGCUUUAAUGACAAGCAGGAGACACCUGGCCUGAGCUCUCUGGGACUCCUGUUCCCACAGCCUGAGGAGAAGCAGGGCAUUAGGAAUUAGGGCUUAUUUUUGUCUGUAUUCUAUUGCUGUGAAGAGACACCAUGACCAUGGCAACUCAUAAAAGAAAACAUUUAAUGGUGGCUGGCUCACAGUUUCAGAGCUCCAGUCCAUUACCAUCAUGGCGGGGAGCAUGGCAGCCUGCAGGCAGACCUGGUGCUAAGGAAGUAGCAGAGAGUUCUACAUCUAGAUUUUCAGGAAGCAGGGACAGAAAGCUACUUGGCCUCACUUGGACUUUAGAAAACCUCAAAGGCCACCUCCAGUGACACUGUCUCCAAUAAGGCUGCACUUCCUAAUUCUUUCAAAGAGUGCCACUCCCUAAGCAUUCAUGUAUGUUAGCCUGGGAGCAGGGAGUCUUACUCAAACCACCACAAUCCACCCACUGGUCCCAAAGCUUGUAGCCAUAUUAUAAUGCAAAAUGCAUUUAGUCUAACUUCAAAAGUUUUCAUAGUCUGUCACAGUCCCAAGACUGCUUAAAAGUCCAAAGUUCUAAGUCUCUUCUGAGGCUCACUGUAAAAUCAAAAUAAAAACAAAAAACAGAUCAGAUACUUCGAACAUACAAUGUCACAGAAUAUACUCUGCUAUGCCAAAAGGGAGAAAUGGGAACAUAGAAAAUACUGGGCCAAAACAAACCUUAAAACAAGCUGGGGAAACUCCAUAGUCUGGAUCUCCACGACUGAUGUCAAAGCACUCUUCAGAUCUCCAACUCCUUUCAGCUUUGUUGAUUGCAGCACACUUCUUUCUCUUGGUCUGCUUCCACAUACCGUUAGUAGGUUUCUUUGGCAGGUAUACCAUGACUCUGGCAUCACCAACAUCAUGGGGUUUCCAGGAUUUACUUUCACAGCUUCAUGCAAUGGCCUCUCUGGGCCUCCAUGCAGGGAUGUCCCUGACGCACAUCUGGCCUCAGUCAUGGAGGGAGAAUCCAUAACCCUUUUCUUGUAUCCUUAACAAUAAAGUCUGAACCAUAUGGCCAAAGCUGCCAAGUUCUGCUGUUGGAUGGAGCUGGAACUUCCCCCCUCGUUCAAAUACAUUUUCUUUAGCUUUCUGUUUUUGAUCGUUUCUUUCACUGUGUAAGCUUUCCUUAAUACUGUUUCUCAAGUUGGA